AUGUGCUGGGAGCCGAAAAAGGGGCUGUUUCUGUCGGCGAUACUUUUGAUUUAUCCUUUGCAGAUAAACUGUUUUUUUAAUUUUGAUAUUUUUCUGAAGGAGGGAAACGCUAAUGUUUGUAAGAAAACUUGGACAGAAAAGGAGAAGUAUACAGUGAAAUGUAGUUUCUGGAGUUGGGGCCGGUGUACCAAAUACAGAACCGUUGAUAAAUUUGAACUGUACUGUUGUCCUGGAUACAGAAGCCAACCAGAUGAUUAUACAUCCUGCAAAUACGCAAUUUGUGAUGAAAAAACAGAUUACGAUGGGACCGCCUGCACAUUGCGUUACUCUGAUGAUGGAAUUUUGAAGCGGAACCACCCAUUGGUGCGUGACAGUGGGGGGUCGUGCUCCUCCCCGGAGAAGUGUACAAGUUGUAAUGAUGGCUUCUAUGGAGACGGACCUUAUUGUAAAAUUUGUCCUCCUAUUGCAAAUUGCAACCACCGCCGCUGUUCCUCCACGGGGGAUAACAUCUGUGUUUACUGUGAGGGGGAGGUGCUGGAGAGGGAUUAUUACAGAGCUUACACACCAGUCCCCAGUCAGAAAAAGAAAUGUGAAAAGGCCUGUUCCUGGAGAUCAGAUAGUACGAGGUGUUACCCAGGGACCUGUACUGAUGGUCUGGCCUCCAAGUGUCAAUGUUCCCCAGGCUUUGAGGGACAACACUGCGAAAAAAUUGUAACAGAGGCCUCAAUCAUGGAGAAUGAGUGUAAAUUAGAAGAUCCGACAGGGAGUAUCUUGGCAAACCCUGCCGAUUUGAACGAGGGUCCUCCCCAGCCCACCCGCUGGACCAACAACGUAAUCUGGAUCAGAGCAGUCACAAAAUGGGACGCCCUGUUACAGCUCCCAGCAGCACCUCCAGACAUCUCUGGAUUAGAUCAUUACGUCACCGACUUUAGAUAUGGAAUUAAAUUCGCAUCUACUAAAUUACGUCAAUAUAGGGGGGGAAGUAAAAUAGCUGAGCUGAUUCACAUUUGUGAGGGUGUGUCAGAAAGAGCUCCAAAAACUUCAUCCUUUUCCUGUAAGAAAACAUUUGACGAUCUAGGACGCUCACUGCAGGGUUUAAAACACAAUGAUCAGUUAAUAUUCUAUCUCCAAGCCACAACAGGAGGUUACGUAAAAGUGAAAAACCGAGAGGCCAAUAAUAGGAUAGAAUACCAUCCCUUAGUGGGCAAGACAACAGAAAGAGAGUUCAAAUACCACUGGGACUUGGAGAAGCCUUAUCAUAAUUUAGUUAAAGGUGUUGAUAAUCCACCAUUCCUAAGUGUUCCAGAUUUAACAGAAAAUCCAACAGUUGACAUGACCUGGGGAGGCUGGUUAGAUGAUUUGUCAGGGCUAGAGAAGUACCAGUAUGAAGUGUAUGAGCUAGGGCAUGAUGGGAAACUGUUAGGAGAGCAGCAGGGAAAGAUGAUCAAAAUGCCAAUGGAUAUAGCACUUAAUGAUACAGGGGAAUCCUUUGACUUGCCAGCACCAGGGAUGUACUCUAUUCAUUUCUCAGCAUUUGACAAAGCAGGAAACCACAAAACUGGAAGAAAAGUCCUACUCUAUGACAACAUUUCUAAGGUUACCACCAACCCUACAAAGGUCACAAGGGUCACCACAGCUACCAUGGAAACAAAUUAUGUAUGGGUUACCAAGGAUACCAGUUAUGUGGAUGUGAUGUGGAAGGACAGAUUCCGUAAUUAUCGCCAUGAGGACAAGCGAUGGCUUAACAGAGUAGCACCAGCUACAGGAGUGGAAUCAAAGUACGAUGAUCAUUAUGGAGAAAGACAAAGCAAGGAGAUUGCAAAUGUUCAUGCAUUGGUGGAUUUCAAAGUGGCAUAUAAUGUUACUGAUUCAACUAGUACUGUGGACUCCCAAGUUUUUACGUCAGUGUCCUCAAUAUUUAGACAAGGUGAUCAGCUUAAUUUACCGUGGACAGAUGGUAACAAGUUAGAGGUGACGGUGCGAGCAAUAGAUGUGCUGGGGAAAUAUUUGGAUGAAUCGGUAACUGUUUACAGAGAUGCGUCGCCGCCUCACAUUGAGGAUUUGUGGCUGACACGUGGCGAUAGAUUGAAUGUCAGUGUUCAUAGAAUCGAAGACUUCAAGGAAAUGACGAUAGAGUGGAUUGCAUAUGACCAUCACAGUGGGCUGAACAACAUUGCCUGGAGAUUGUUUGAUAAUGUCACAGGAAUAGAUGUACUGCAUGGGCAGGAGGAUAUCCCAGCUCAAGGAAUGGCCAAUGACACACAAGAUUGUGAAUCAAAAUAUGGAAGCUAUGCCAGGGGAGCUAACUGCUAUGAGACUCCGUUCUGGGGAGCUUACCACAAACACUUUCAGGUGAAACCAAUAAUUGCAUCAAACGGAGGACUGAUAGACGGAAAACAUAAAGGUGUGCAUGAUUCUGAUUAUUACCUGGAGGUGACCGCCACUAACAAGGCCAAACUGACCACCAUACUGUCCAAGAAGAUAACAAUAGACACAUCCCCUCCCCACACAGGGGUGGUGGAGGAUGGGGUACCAGGAGGGGGUGAGGUGGACUACCAGCAGAGUAAGACCCUGACUGCCCACUGGGAGGGCUUCUUUGACAGGGAGAGUGGGGUUCUUUUCUACCAGUAUGGAUACGACAACAAAACUCUCACUGCCUCAGAAUUUUCUCUGGAGGCUAGUGGAAAUGGUCUGAUUUUUGAGACCUACUCGAUGCAUGCCACCCACACUGUAACCACAGAGGGACUGUAUUACAUCUGUGUUGUGGCCUAUAACCGCGCUCUAGAGCCCUCGGAACCUGUGUGUUCAGACGGAGUGACGGUUACUACAGCAGUGCCAUCUGUACAGGAAGUGAACAUAGAGGGAGCCACAACCACUGGGGGACUCAUUACAGACGGGAAAGAUUUCUGGAUUGUUAGCAGUAACAGAUUCCGCAGGCUGAUCAAAGAUCCCACACCAGACUGCACUUCAAAAGCUACAGUUUUAUCUGACCUUGACCUUUUACCUGCUGAGCACCAUGACAACGGUACAUUUGUGACAGUAAAUGGCAGUGUGUUUUGUGCUAACUCAACAGGAUCACCUGCUAAACUGAGUCCUACAUUAUCUAAAUCAUCGCGG